AUGCAGAAGAAAGUGCUGAUGAGACUGCUCCAAACGCAGCUGGUGGAGACCAGGCUCCAGCUGUCACUGGUCUGCAUCGACGAGCAAAUGAUCCCGUUUACUGGCAAAACCAGUCUCAAGCAAUACGUUCCCUGCAAACCAAACCCAGAGGGCAUCAAAAACUUCGUCCUGGCAACACGAGAUGGACUAGUUCUCGACUUCGAGCCGUAUCAAGGCCAGAAGCUGUGCAGCGAGGAUCUUGAUGGAAAACCAUGCACCCUACCAGAAUCAGUGGUUCUCCGGCUGAUUCACUCUCUGCCGCCCGGAACCAGCAUCUACUUCGACCGCUACUUCACGAGCGUUAGGCUGCUGGACCACCUGCGUGUCAACAAGCGUAUGAACGGGACAGGCACGAUAAGGAAAGUCAGCAUCCCGAAGGACGCAAAGCUUCCGUCAGAAAAGGACCUGAAGAAGAAGAAGCGCGGUACCAGCGUGACGUCCGUAAGGAGCGACGGAGGCCUGGCCAUCACCGUCUGGCAGGACAACAAGCCAAUCUACAUGGCAUCGACUGAACACGGAUCAGAUCCAGAAGACCUGGUCAAGCGAGACUCCUCAUCUUCCAAGUCGGCCAGGCUGAGGCGCAGGCGCCAAGCAGCGCGGCAGCGACGCAGCGCACCGACGUCGGCGGCCCCGCCGGCCCAGCUUCCCGUCAUCAAGUUGAGCUCCUUCUCCUACUCCUCCGACUCGAGUAGGCUGGAUGCUGACGUUAAGCAGCGCGGUAUAGGUGCAGCGGACUGA